AUGAGAGACGGCGGCGGCCGCAGCCCAGAGCCCCUCUCAGCGCCUGUGAGCAGCCGCGGGGGCAGCGCCCUCGGGGAGCCGGCCGGCCGGCGGCGGCGGCAGCGGCGGCGUUUCUCGGAAGGUGGAAGCCGUGGGCUCGGGCGGGAGCCGGCUGAGGCGCGGCGGCGGCACCUCCCGCUCCUGGAGCGGGGGGGAGAAGCGGCGGCGGCGGCGGCCGCAGCUCCGGGGAGGGGGUCGGAGUCGCCUGUCACCAUUUCCAGGGCUGGGAACGCCGGAGAGUUGGUCUCUCCCCUUCUACUGCCUCCAACACGGCGGCGGCGGCGGCGGCACAUCCAGGGACCCGGGCCGGUUUUAAACCUCCCCUCCGCCGCCGCCGCACCCCCCCUGGCCCGGGCUCCGGAGGCCGCCGGAGGAGGCAGCCGUUCCGAGGAUUAUUCUUCUCCCCAUUCCGCUGCCGCCGCUGCCAGACCCCUGGCUGCUGAGGAGAAGCAGGCCCAGUCGCUGCAACCAUCCAGCAGCCGCCGCAGCAGCCAUUACCCGGCUGCGGUCCAGAGCCAAGCGGCAGCAGAGCGAGGGGCAUCAGCCACCGCCAAGUCCAGAGCCAUUUCCAUCCUGCAGAAGAAGCCCCGCCACCAGCAGCUUCUGCCAUCUCUCUCCUCCUUUUUCUUCAGCCACAGGCUCCCAGACAUGACAGCCAUCAUCAAAGAGAUCGUUAGCAGAAACAAAAGGAGAUAUCAAGAGGAUGGAUUCGACUUAGACUUGACCUAUAUUUAUCCAAACAUUAUUGCUAUGGGGUUUCCUGCAGAAAGACUUGAAGGCGUGUACAGGAACAAUAUAGACGAUGUAGUCAGGUUUUUGGAUUCAAAGCAUAAAAACCAUUACAAGAUAUACAAUCUAUGUGCUGAAAGACAUUAUGAUACCGCCAAAUUUAAUUGCAGAGUUGCACAGUAUCCCUUUGAAGACCAUAAUCCACCACAGUUAGAACUUAUCAAACCCUUUUGUGAAGAUCUUGACCAAUGGCUAAGUGAAGAUGACAAUCAUGUUGCAGCAAUUCACUGUAAAGCUGGAAAGGGACGAACUGGUGUAAUGAUUUGUGCAUAUUUGUUACAUCGGGGCAAAUUUUUAAAGGCACAAGAGGCCCUAGAUUUCUAUGGGGAAGUAAGGACCAGAGACAAAAAGGGAGUAACUAUUCCCAGUCAGAGGCGCUAUGUGUAUUAUUAUAGCUACCUGUUAAAGAAUCAUCUGGAUUACAGACCAGUGGCACUGUUGUUUCACAAGAUGAUGUUUGAAACUAUUCCAAUGUUCAGUGGUGGAACUUGCAAUCCUCAGUUUGUGGUCUGCCAGCUAAAGGUGAAGAUAUAUUCCUCCAAUUCAGGACCCACACGACGGGAAGACAAGUUCAUGUACUUUGAGUUCCCUCAGCCGUUGCCUGUGUGUGGUGACAUCAAAGUAGAGUUCUUCCACAAACAGAACAAGAUGCUAAAAAAGGACAAAAUGUUUCACUUUUGGGUAAACACAUUCUUCAUACCAGGACCAGAGGAAACCUCAGAAAAAGUAGAAAAUGGAAGUCUAUGUGAUCAAGAAAUUGAUAGUAUUUGCAGUAUAGAGCGUGCAGAUAAUGACAAGGAAUAUCUAGUACUCACUUUAACAAAAAAUGAUCUCGACAAAGCAAAUAAAGACAAGGCCAACCGAUACUUUUCUCCAAAUUUUAAGGUGAAGCUGUACUUCACAAAAACAGUAGAGGAGUCAUCAAAUCCAGAGGCUAGCAGUUCAACGUCUGUAACACCAGAUGUCAGUGACAAUGAACCUGAUCAUUACAGAUAUUCUGACACCACUGACUCUGACCCAGAGAAUGAACCUUUUGAUGAAGAUCAGCAUACACAAAUUACAAAAGUCUGAUUUUUUUUUUUUAUCAAGAGGGAUAAAACACCAUGAAAACAAACUUGAAUAAACUGAAAAUGGACCUUUUUUUUUUUUUUAAAUGGCAAUAGGACAUUGUGUCAGAUUACCAGUUAUAGGAACAAUUCUCUUUUCCUGACCAAUCUUGUUUUGCC